UGAAACGCAGCCAAAUGCCAAUAGCAGUAACACUACCCAGCUACCACCACUACCAGAAGCUAAACCACCGUAUCUCCGCCUCACUCUUCGCCCUCUCCGGAGCCAAGAGAGCCAUGGUCACUGGCAGCAGCAGCAGCAGCAGCAGCAACGCAGGUGCGUACACGACCAUCAAAGAGAGAGUGACAUUCCAGAGAGAAAUCAAGAAGAGCAAAUUCAUCGCCAUCGCUGGCCCCAUCUCCGAUGAGCCAUCCGCCCUCUCCUUCCUCUCCCAGGUCCGAGAUCCCCGUGCUACUCACAACUGUUGGGCUUAUAAGGUUGGAGAUCAGUACCGGUCUAAUGAUGAUGGUGAACCUUCGGGUACAGCUGGCAAGCCAAUACAUUCUGCUAUUGUUUCUUCUGGAAUAGAUAGGGUUAUGGUGGUUGUGAUCAGGUAUUUUGGAGGCAUCAAACUUGGCACUGGAGGAUUGGUCAGGGCUUAUGGAGGAGUUGCAUCAGAAUGCUUGAGAAAUGCCCCAACUUGUCUUGUAAAAUCUAAGGUUCCAAUGGGCGUGGAAGUUCCAUUUGAUCUUCUGGGUGUUCUGUACCAUCAGUUACAAUCUUUUCAAGUUGAAGACAUCAAACAGGAUUACGAUACUGGUAAAGAUGGCAUCAGCAUGGUCACUUUCAAAGUUGAUUUUGACCAGGCUGAGAAAUUGGAGGAGGCUUUGAAAGCCAAUUGUAGCCGAGAGUUAGAGUUUUAUAAACGCUGAGACAGAUUUAGUCAUAUCUUAUACAUGGUUGACAUCGUGAACAAAAUGGACCUAAUGAGAUGGCAGCACUUUCAGGGCCUGGUGGUACGUACACUUCCUUUUUCCUGCUUUGCCCAGUGAUGUUCAACACGUUGCCGGACAGAUAAACCCAUCAUUGGUUUACGUCUUGUUUCAGGAAAUUUAUAAAAGCAUUAAUUAGAGGUAGCUGUAAGAUAAGUAUUGAAUUAUGCCUGAAAUGUGCUUAUGAUCUGAUAUGUUAGGAAUUGUAUAUACGAUCUUCAUUUAGUAAAGAUAUCAUUAUACCCCAUUUCUUAUGAAUUUGUUGUAAAUUUGUUUACUUGUGCGUAGCUGUUCCUUUAUGCUGUUCAACACAUUGGCAUCUUCCUGUACUAAAAUUAACAGGUUAUUAUUAUUUUUCCUCCCCACAAAGAUGGAGGUCUGCGGUAUGACAUGUGAUGGGCGUGGGAUUUAUGCA